CCCCGCCGGGCCGCGGAGCUGCGAUGCCCUCGGACUUCAUCUCUCUGCUCAGCGCCGACCUCGACCUCGAGUCCCCCAAGUCGCUCUACUCCAAGGAAUCUGUCUAUGACCUUCUCCCAAAGGAGCUGCAGUUACCACCUUCCAGAGAAACAUCCAUAGCAUCCAUGAGCCAAACGAGCGGUGGUGAGGCCGGUUCGCCGCCUCCAGCUGUAGUUGCUGCUGAUGCUUCUUCAGCUCCCUCCUCUUCCUCCAUGGGCGGUGCUUGCAGCUCCUUUACCACCUCUUCCAGCCCUACCAUUUACUCUACCUCAGUCACCGACAGCAAGGCUAUGCAAGUGGAGAGCUGCUCCGCGGCCGUGGGGGUAAGUAGCCGAGGGGUAAGUGAGCAGCAGCUUCCCGGUACCGCAGCCCCGCCGCCGGCGGCCACGCCGAAGCGCCACACUGUCCUCUACAUCUCGCCACCUCCCGAGGACUUGCUGGACAACAGCCGGAUGUCCUGCCAGGAUGAGGGCUGUGGAUUGGAGUCAGAGCAGAGCUGCAGUAUGUGGAUGGAGGAUUCACCCUCCAACUUCAGUAACAUGAGUACCAGUUCCUACAAUGAUAACACUGAGGUGCCACGUAAAUCGCGCAAGCGCAACCCAAAGCAGAGGCCAGGGAUCAAACGCCGAGAUUGCGAAGAGUCCAACAUGGAUAUCUUUGAUGCCGACAGUGCCAAAGCGCCUCACUAUGUCCUUUCUCAGCUCAGCACGGACAGCAAAAGCAACUCAAAAGCAGGAAAUGGAGCAUCAGAGAACCAGAAGGGAGCUGGAGGGAAGAAGACCCCCAUGUUGUGUGGUCAGUACCCGACCAAGAGUGAGGGGAAGGAGCUGAAGAUCAUGGUGCAGCCGGAGACCCAGCACAGGGCUCGGUACCUGACCGAGGGCAGCCGGGGCUCCGUCAAGGACCGCACGCAGCAGGGCUUUCCCACCGUCAAGCUGGAAGGCCACAACGAGCCCGUGGUGCUGCAGGUGUUCGUGGGCAAUGACUCGGGGCGCGUGAAGCCGCACGGGUUCUACCAGGCGUGCCGGGUGACGGGCAGGAACACCACGCCCUGCAAGGAGGUGGACAUCGAGGGCACCACCGUCAUCGAGGUGGGGCUGGACCCGAGCAACAACAUGACACUGGCGGUGGAUUGUGUGGGAAUCCUGAAGCUGAGGAAUGCUGAUGUGGAAGCCAGGAUAGGGAUUGCGGGCUCCAAGAAGAAGAGCACCCGCGCUCGGCUCGUCUUUCGCGUCAACAUCACGCGCAAGGACGGCUCCACGCUGACCCUGCAGACGCCUUCCUCCCCAAUCCUGUGCACUCAGCCAGCAGGAGUCCCAGAGAUCCUAAAGAAAAGUCUCCACAGCUGUUCAGUGAAGGGUGAAGAGGAAGUUUUUCUGAUUGGCAAGAACUUCCUAAAGGGAACAAAAGUGAUUUUCCAAGAGAAUGUUUCCGAUGAGAAUUCUUGGAAGGCAGAAGCUGAAAUUGACAUGGAAUUAUUUCAUCAGAAUCACCUUAUUGUGAAGGUGCCACCAUAUCACGACCAGCAAAUCACCUCAGCUGUCUCGGUGGGAAUUUACGUGGUGACCAACGCUGGCAGAUCUCACGACGUGCAGCCCUUCACCUACACUCCAGAGCCAGCUGGGACUCUGAAUGUUAAUGUGAAGAAGGAAAUCUCCAGCCCAGCCCAACAUUGUUCUUUUGAAGAGGCUAUAAAAGCAGUGAAGGCCACGGGCUGUAACCUGGAGAAGGUGAACAUUCUUCCUAGUGCCUUGAUAACUCCACUCAUGCCAAGCAGUAUGAUCAAGAAUGAAGAUGUGGCUCCAAUGGAAGCUUCGAAUGUGGUCGGACCAACUCAGCAAACAUUGGAAAACAGCAUGUCCGGCAUAUCAACUUCUGCUUCCCAUUUACCUUCUGAAGGCGAAAGCCAGCAGCAGCUGCAGCCCAAGGUGUUCAACGCGGAGCCCCUGAGCACCAUCCAGCCGCAGGACAUCUCCCAGCCCGGCAGCAUUCUGCAGAGCAGCGAUGCCCUGCUGCAGCAGGCGGCCCCGUUCCCGGGCAGGGAGUCGCAGCCCCGCGAGGUGCUGCAGUCGGACGGCGCCGUGGUGGCUCUGUCCCAGCUGGCCGAGGCCUCGCAGCAGCAGCCGCAGCCCCCGCUCCCGGAGCCGGCCCAGGCCCUGCAGCAGCAGAUCUCCUCGAGCAUCUUCUCGUCGGCCAGCGGCGUCAGUCAGCUCCAGAACACCAUCCAGCAGCUCCAGGCUGGGAACUUCCCCACCAACACCGCCACGGGCAGCAGCAGGAACGUCGACUUGGUGCAGCAGGUUCUGGAAGCUCAGCAGCAGCUAUCUUCCGUUCUGUUCUCGGGCUCAGACAGCGGCGAGGAUGUCCAGGAUCAGCUGAACGCAGACAUCUUUCAGCAGGUCAGCCAGAUACAGAGCAGCGUGAACCCCGGGAUGUUUUCCUCCUCAGACGCAGCUGUCCGUUCCAGAGCAGAGAACCUUUUGCCCGGCCGAGCUGAGAGCGUCCACCCGCAGCCCGAGGGUGCCCUGUCUGGCCAGCAGCAGCAGCAGCAGCAGCAGCAGGCCAUGGAGACCUCGGCGGCCAUGGUGAUGGACAUGCAGCAGAACAUGUGCCAGGCGGCCUCGCAGAUGCAGUCGGAGCUGUUCUCGUCCAGCACGGCGGGGAACGGGGCCCUGCAGCAGUCCCCGGUGUACCAGCAGGCGUCGCACAUGAUGGGCGGCCUGUCCGGCAGCGAGGACAUGCAGAUGCAGUGCGAGCUGUUCUCCUCGUCCCCGGGCGUGGCCGGCGGCGAGGCGGCCGCCCCCGCGCAGCAGCCCGUGUCCAGCAGCGGCGCUGCCAUGUUCCAGCCCGGCAGCUCUGCAGAGGGAGAGGAGGCCUCGGGCCAGGGCAAACAGAUGCAGAGCUCUGUGUUUCAGACCAUGGUCCAGAUGCAGCACAGCGGGGAAAGUCAGUCCCAGGUCAAUCUCUUCUCAUCCACCAAGACCAUGAUGAGUGUCCAGGCCAGUGGGACUCAGCAGCAGGGCGGGGCUCUGUUCCAGCAAGGUGGAGAAAUGAUGUCCAUUCAGUCGGGAAGCUUCAUCCAACAGUCCCCACACUCACAAGCUCAGCUUUUCCACUCUCAGAACCCUAUUGGUGAUGCUCAGAAUAUAUCCCAGGAAACGCAAGGAUCCCUUUUUCAUAGCUCAAAUUCCAUUGUCCACAACCAGACCAACACUAAUUCCUCUGACCAACUGCAGCCCCCCAUGUUCCACUCACAGAAUGCCAUGGGUGUCUUGCAGAGCUCCUCGGUGCCUCAAGACCAGCAGUCUGCCAACAUGUUCCUUUCCCAGAGUUCCAUGAGCAACCCUGCCACUCAGGAAGAGCAGAUGUCAUUCUUCACAAGCCCAAACCCCAUUUCUCCUCUUCAGACAGCAACAAACACUGAACAGCAGACUUCUUUCCAGCAGCAGACGCAGAUCUCUCAUAUCCAGAGCUCCAUGCUUCCCCAGGAGCAGCCCCAGACUCAGCCAGCUCAGCAGGGUUUGUUUCAGUCCCAGGUGUCGUUGGGCUCCAUCCAGUCCAGCUCCAUCCCUCAGAACCAACAAGGAGCCAUCUUCCAGCCUCAGCAUUCGAUUGUUGCCAUCCAGAGCAGCCCUCCCUCUCAGGAGCAGCAGCAGCAGCAGCAGCAGAACAUGAUGUUCAGCAGUCAAAAUGCAAUGAGUACAAUGGCCCCCCAAAAGCAGAACAUGAUUUUCAAUCCGAACCCAAACCCAGUCACCAAUCAGGAGCAACAAGGCCAGUCCAUCUUUCAUCCACAGUCCAACAUGGCCUCGAUGAAUCAGGAGCAGCAGCCCAUGCAAUUCCAGAGUCAGAGCACAGUGUCUUCUCUCCAGAAUCCUGGCUCCAGCCAGGCUGAAGCACAGCAGCCAGCCAUCUUCCAUAACUCGCCCCAGAUUCAGCUGGUCCAAGGGUCCCCAAGUUCUCAAGAGCAGCAAGUCACCCUGUUCAUCUCCUCAGCUUCCAUGUCUGCCCUGCAGAACAGCAUGAGCCAGCCGGAGCUGCAGCAGUCCCCCAUGUACUCCUCCCAGAACAGCAUGGCAGGAAUGCCAGGCACUGCUUCUCCUCCCCAGCAGCAGGCUCCUCUGUUCCACAACACGGCAGGAGGGGCCAUCAACCAGCUGCAGAGCUCCCCUGCCCCGUCCCAGCAGACCUCGGGGAUAUUCCUGUUCGGCAUCCAGAACAAAAUUCCGUGGAGAAAAAAAAGCGGCGAUUUCCCAGAUCCUCUCAGACCUUCCAACUCUGGAUUAGGCUGCGUGGAACCAAUUGCUUCUGUGGAAAAGUGGCCUCUUUAAGAGCACAGCGUGGCCAGUGGCAGACCUGAGGCCAUGACCAUGGAGUGUGGGCUCCACAGUGCCAAUAAUGCUGAGGAGUUAUGCUUUGUGUUACUGGGGCGUGGGGUUGGGCUGUUACCAGGUUCAUGAACCUCAUUACAGUGGGGGCUCUUGGAAUUUAAAGCAUAUCUGGUCAGUUAUUAUUGUUGUUGGAAGGUAAUCCGUGUUACCACGUUUACUUUUUCCCUGCUGUUCCUUCCCCCCAUCCCUUUUUCCCUCGGGAAGCUCGUGCAGCAGGAGCAGCAGCUGCCUGUGCCCCGAGCCUGACUCAGCUGUCAGCCAGUGAAGGGAUCUCUCCAUUGACACGGAGUGGGAGAGCCAGGCCCACCCUUCAUCAAUUGGAAGUAUUGCUAACUGUAAUAACCAAGCAGAGAAUUGCUGCUGUAAAUAACCAGUUCCCAUCUGGGAAUGGGAUUAAACGGUUUUCCACAUCUGUGGAAGCUGGAGUUACGUGGAGCUGUACGUAGAGCAAGGGUUUGGUGGCUCUACAAAAUUGAAGAAAUGAAGGGGAACUUCCAGCUGAUCUUAAAAUCUUCUCUAAAACACCUUCAGCUUGAAAAGAACAUUCUGUGUGGCUGAGGAAGGGACUCCUCUGUGUCUCUCCUUCUGACUGAUGGCUUGGAGCUCUGUGAAGCCUCAUGAGCUGUUCCCAAACCAGCCUUCUCCCUUUUAUUCUUUCCAUGGUUUUCCUUCUCUCCCUCAGUUUUGUAUUUUGUUUUUUUUUAAAAAAGACAUAAAUAUCCUACUGGCUUUAAAGCUAAAGAAACAGCUUUUAGGAAUCCUUGGCAGUAAAUUGCUUAGUCAGUAGAAGCUUUGACAAAUAAUCAAGGAGUAAGGAGAGAGGAAGCAAUUUCUCCACCACCUUGUAAUUGCAGGAAUCCCCCUUAACCCGCCACUUCCAGCUGUGACUGAUGGAAAUCUUCAGCUUGGCUUUACUCCAAGUAGGGGGCAAAUUGUAUCAUUUUUAAGCCUUCUUAAAAGGUCACUUCAUCCCGAGCUGUUGCAUCCUUGUAGCACAUGGAGCUCAUCGCAGUUCUGAAGUGAUUUUUCCUUUUUCUACCACCGAGCCCCAAGUCUGGUUUCUAGAUUGUCAUGUUUAAUUAAGGAGUAAAUCAUCGACUGAUGUUACCGAAUGUAAAAACAACCCACUCCAGACCGUGCAGGUGUAUUGUGAGGCUUGUGGAUUUUUUGGGUGCUUCAACUCUCCAGACAGUGUGUGAUCUCUCACUGCGGCCUCGUGAGAUCCGUGUUCUCCCGCUCCCGCGGCGCCCGUUCCGCCUCGGUGGAGUGUAGCUGGUAUCACGUCAUUCUUCAUUUUUGUUAUUUGAAAUAACAAAGGAACAGUCUGUAAAUGGGUUUUUUUUUAAGUUCCUCGAGUCUGUUUACUGUGUGUUUUCCCCUUAACUCGUGUGCGUAGUUGAGCCGUGUAGAGUUCUCCUUGGUUUUCCUGGAUCUCCCCGUUUGUUGGUCUGUCCCACGUUCACUUUCUCUUUCUGUCUCUCUCUUUCUCUCUCUCAUUGAGAGGCAUUGAAUUACGUUUUCAGUAGUAAGGCUUCUUGCCGAUAUGAAGGGAACUUUUCAGAAAGAGACCUGCUCUGGGUCAUUUAAUUUUGAAUACAGUUUUCAAUCGUUCAAGUUUUGGAUGGUUUAUAUCUAAUGUGUGUUUCAUUUUUUUGGAAAGCUAUAUUUUGUAUUUAGGAAAUGGUAUAACUAUUUUGCUAUUUGUACUGAGUGAGUACAUUGGCAUAAAUAUAAAAAUUUAUAUAUAUACAUAUAUAUAAAAUAUUCUUUUUGCCACACAUUUUUGUGGUAAAUUUGUGAGUUUGUCUGAUGUUCUACCACAACGUGGCGUCUGAUAACAGUGGGGUGGGGUGGGGUUUGUUAUGUCUUUAUUGAGUAUUUAAGUACUUUUUGCAACAUAAAUAACGUGUUCAUCUCUCGCCAUUCCAUCAGGCAGUGUUGGUCCAGCUGGCCACGAGAAGCUUCGCUCUGUGUUUGGUGUGUCCCUCACUCACAGCCUAGCCAGGAAACCCAGAGGCAUUUAGGAUUAUAUAAAACAUGAAAUAUUGGGGUUUCCCUCAGAAUGAGCCAUUCAGCUUUUCUCCACUCUCGUUGCCUAUUUAAUAUUUUAUUAUUAGCGCCUCUGUGUUUUAACUCCUAAUUUAUGAUUAUGCUCAAACGUUGGAAAUUUUAAUCAGGACAGAAAGAAUUCCCCGCUGCAUCAUGUCCAGAGCUGCUUUAACCCCGACCCAGACUUCUUCUUUCUGUAUUUAAUUUUUUUUUUCCCCUGCUAAGACAAAACAUUACCAACAUCUUGUAACGGUUCGCAAGACGAAAGCAGCAGCCCCCAGCAGUGCCCAGCUGCUGCGUGGGGCUGCUCAGGCUGAGAACAAUGGACCCAACAACGUCCAGAGGGCCGUGGAAGUCCAUAGGCACUCGCUGGGAAAGGAACUGGUGGUGUUUGCAGGAUGUGUGUCCCAGGGUGAGCUGUUGGGACACGGAAGGAGUGACAGGAACGACGGAUCCGCUCGCGCGCUGCUUCGGUUUGCUCCUUGUUCCCAAGGGCUCCAUCCUUUUGUGGGUCAGUGCCAAGUCACCAGGGACCAAUUCUCCGUGGAACAGGAUGAGUGCCCAGAAGAGAACCUCAUCCCAAGCCUGCCACAGCUCCAGGGAAGGGUAUGUUUGAAUUGUGGGCGUGUUUGAGGUCACUCGUGAAGAGAAGAGGGAAAAAAACAUACACAAAAAACCAACCAAGGGCUGUGCUAUCCCAGUUUUCCCUUCUGGAAACACCUUCCUUUCCUCGUGUUAAAUUUUCCUGUUCAUUUUAGGUCAAUGUUUAAAUGUACAACACUUUGAACAUGUGAUUUGGUUCCAAGAAGUAUUUGUGUGACUGAAGAGGUCGCUC